UCUUGCUCCUGUACCUGUAAUCUUGAUCUGAUAGUGGAUUACUCUCUCUCCCCGAGACGUAGGGUUAAGCACACUGUUUAACCUGAACUCGUAAUUCGUGUGUGUCGAUCUUUUCGUAUUGUGUGUGUUCGUUCAUUCUUUGUGAAAUCAGUGUGAGUUCUUCGGAUUCAUAUCCAAUCGGCGAUUCUGGGCAACUCGUUUCAGUCUCAGGAAGACGGUGAAAGACGAAGAGGAUUCAGAUAGUACAAUGUUCAUCAGAAGCUGCCAUUUUCAACUCCAUACGGACAACGUGUUUCAUUCAUUUCAGAUCACUUGCAGGAAUUUCAGUUCUGUUGGGUACUUAGGCUGCCUCCGGGCCUAGGAAUUUCAGUUCAGUGACUUAAUUAAAACAUUUUAAGCCAUCGUUCGUUGCCAUUAGCAUCACUCCCUCGCUAGAAUUCUUUCUUUGACCCGAAAAUUUGUUUAGCGUAAUUCUGAAAUAACUUCUGGAAGAGGAUAUGAGUUUUUCACGAGUAGGGGCCAACCCUUGAAUUUGUUCUUCCUUUUUGUGGUUACUAAAACGUGAUCUUCAUGUAUUCGCCCUUACUUAUAUCUUUUAAAUGAAACUAGUUUCAUAGUGUCUUGAAUCUGCAUUUUUCGGUGCCAUUUUCUGGCUAAAGUUUCUGGACACGAAUGGAUAACCGGUGGACGCUGAGAGGCAUGACCGCCGUUGUAACUGGUGGAGCCAGAGGGUUCGGGCAUGGCAUGGUUGAGGAACUAGCUGGCUUUGGAGCAAUAGUUUAUACGUGUGACAUAUCCGAGUCCCACCUUAACCAAAGCUUACGCGAAUGGAAAGAGAAGGGCCUCCAAGUCUAUGGUUCAGUAUGUGAUGUAUCUUCCCAUUCCGAGAGAAAGAAACUGAUGGAGAUCGUCUCCUCUCUGUUUGGUGGCAAACUCAACAUUCUUAUAAACAACGUGGGCGUAUGUGUGUCAAAGCCGACUACAGAAUAUACAGCACAAGAUUUCUCGUUUCUCAUGGCCACGAAUUUCGAGUCUGCUUACCAUCUCUGCCAGCUCGCUCAUCCUCUGCUGAAGGCUUCAGGAUCUGGAAGCAUAGUGUCCAACUCCUCCAUUGGCAGAGUUGUAUCAUGUAUCCUUGGAUCCAUCUUUGGUGCAACAAAAGGAGUUAUGAACCAGUUAGCAAAAAAUCUAGCGUGUGAGUGGGCAAGCGACAACAUAAGGGCAAACUCAGUAGCUCCUGGUGUCAUUCCAACUCCGAUGGCUGAAACUCAUUUGCGUGACGAAAAGUUCACAAAGACAGUACUCUCAAGGAUUCCGAUGGACCGUUUUGGAGAGACAAAGGAGGUUUCGUCGCUUGUGGCGUUUCUGUGUAUGCCUGCAGCUUCAUACAUAACAGGUCAGACCGGUCUCACCAUCAACGCCUUCUCCUACCAACCCAACUCAUAAUCGGAGUAAACUCUUGUUAUGAUGUGUGAAAACAAUUUAUGCAUGUAUCCAACACUGUUGGUUAUUCACUCCGGACUCGAGCUGGCAGUUGAGUAGACAGUUACUGCAAUAAUUUGUGUUGGGUUUCAAAGUGUAUAGAGAGAUCAAACACAUAAAAGGAAUGUGUUGAAC